AACCGUGUCGUCAAGAAACAAACAAACAUACACAGAUACACGCACACAACACACAAUUCGGUCGACAGAAAUGCUGCCCAAGCUUAAAACCGUUUAAAUUGAAAUAGAAAACCACUUGUACGGCGUGUGGCCGCUGCCAGGAAACCAAUGCGCACUUUUACCGUUCUAAAUCGCACUUAUUGUUGUUAUUAUUUACGCAUUUUUUUUUGCGCCGCAGUGCGUGGUGCGAUAAAGUGAGAGAAGAAUUGCAAUGAAUACGUCGACAGUCAAUCGAUGCCGUCGAUCUUCGACGACGCCAGCCGGAACGGGCGAGGAUGUCCCACCAGCUCAAUUGGGUGUGGAUGUGGGGGGUGACGGUGACUGCGGAAGCGGAGGCGGAGGCGUGGGUGGUGUGGCCGUAACGCCCAGCUGCCUGACGAAGCGUGACUCCGAGGAGGAUGCGUGGGCAUCCAAGGGAUACAAUUACAUUAAUCCAUUCGUCCACCGCAUCGAAAUCGACAGCCACAUUGAGGUGGCCAAGACCUAUGUCCUCACGCUGCUGCUGCUGCCACUGCGGGUGGUCGGAUGCGUCCUCUCCCUGCUCUCCGCCUGGAUGUUCUCCUGCAUCGGUCUCUACGGCCUGACAUUGGACGACCUGAAGGAGAAGCCGCUCACCGGCUGGCGGAAACAGGUGCAAUAUAUGACGGCAUGUGCCAUGCGAAUGGUCUACACAUUCGGCUCCUUCCACUAUGUGAGCAUGAAGGGCAGGCCGGCGACGCCCAAAGAGGCACCCAUACUGGUGGUGGCACCGCACUCCUCCUACGUGGACUCCAUCCUGGUCGUGGCCAGUGGCCCGCCCUCGAUAGUGGCCAAGCGGGAGACGGCGGACAUACCACUGCUCGGCCGUAUCAUUAACUACGCCCAGCCGAUCUAUGUGCAGCGCGAGGAUCCCAACUCCAGGCAGAACACCAUCCGGGAUAUUGUGGCCCGCGCCCGAUCCACCGACGACUGGCCCCAGGUGGUGAUCUUCGCCGAGGGCACCUGCACCAAUCGCACCGCCCUCAUUAAGUUCAAGCCGGGCGCCUUCUAUCCGGGCGUACCCGUCCAGCCGGUCCUCCUCAAGUACCCCAACAAGUUCGACACCUUCACCUGGACCUGGGACGGCCCAGGAGUAUUGCGCCUGCUGUGGCUGACGAUGACGCAGUUCUACAAUCGGUGCGAGAUCGAAUACCUGCCGGUGUACACCCCCUCGCCGGACGAAGUGGCCGACGCCAAUCUGUACGCCAACAAUGUGCGGGAGGUGAUGGCCAAGGCCCUGGGCGUACCCACGUCGGAUUAUUCGUUCGAGGAUGUUAUUGUGAUGAGCCGGGCCCGCGACAUGAAGAUCCCCUUCCCCGGCGACAUCGUGGAGAUCGAGCGGACCAUCGAGAAGCUGGGCCUGGUGGAGAGCCAGCGGGACAAGGAGCUGUGCGAGUGCUAUCUCCGGCUGCCCGGCACGGACAAGCUGGACAUCAUCACCUUCGGCGAGCUGCUACGCAUUGAUCUCAAGAAUCCCGAUCUGCACAAGUUGUUCGCCCUGCUCGACCAUCGACGUGCCGGCACCGUCAGCCUGAAGAGCUUCCUGCUCUGUUCGCUCUUCUGCAAAUUGAAGAAUUCCGAUCUUUUGACCUUCCUCCGGGCCCUGAUCAACCUCUACAGCGAGUCUAGUCAGAAAAUCGACAGGGAGAGCUUUGUGCGACUGAUGCGACACGCUGGCGGGAAGCUGAACGAGCAAAAGGCCCAGGCGCUCUUCUACGCGCUGGACACGAACAACCUGGGCUAUGUAUCCUUCGAUUCCUUUGUGGAGCACACGGAGAAGCAGAAAUCAAGCUACAAAUUCCUGUACCACAAGUCCGAGCACAUAAGGAGGCCGAAGGCGGCGGGAGGAGCCACCACACCGGCCAACUGAAGUAGCAGCUUGAAGAGGCAAACACAAAAAAAGAAAGAAUCGUAGGGAGAGUAGGCGUUAUAAAUGAAACCCAAGCUAAGCAGAAAGUUCAACUGUCAAGUGUAUAUUUAUAAUAUUUAUUUAUCGUGUAAUGCGCUGGUCCCUGGACGCCAGAUACACAUAUAAAUUGUAAUUAAUAUAGUUUCUAUAAUUACCCUAGACCUUUUUUUUUGUUUUAUCUCGUUUACAAUGCUCAGAGCACAGAGAUCCCAGCUUUGUUAUUAUUUAUACUCGUUCCGACUCUAAACGCAAGUCAUUUCAUCUUUGUGAUUCUUAUUGUACACUUAAAGCAUAGGACACCCCUACGUUAUAUAAUAUUAUAUACAAAAGUUAAUAUAUAGAAGCAAGGAAUAUAUGUAUUUGUGAAGAGAAAGGCGAUUCACCAACAAACCCUUACUGAUAUCCAUUUCCAUGGCUAAAGAGAAUGCAACGCCAUGAGAUAUGAUAUAGAAACAGCAAACUGUAAGCCAAAUUAGCCCCGAACACCACCAAAAAUGUAAAACCACAUACUGAACAAAGGAACUGCGAUCGCCAAUAUGAUCAUACCAAUAUUAUAUAGAUUUAAUCACCACUUUCCCAACUGAACAACCACCAAGCACUCUAAAUCAGGAUAGCUAUAGAGCUAUAGUAGAAGAGCAAUUGUUAAAACGCAAGAGGUCACAACAAAAACAUUCUGACACCAGUUCUAUCUCAAGUAAAUUUAUAAGAAUUUAUUACACCAUAAUGUAACCAUAACGCAGAUGACUCAGUUAAAAUAUUCUGAAAUUUUGUAAUGACUUUAGACAAGCACUCGCUGUUCUUUUUUUUUUUAAUGAAUUUGCACUGUAGGAUCUUUUGAAUGUUCUCCUCAGUUCCUUAUAGUUCCUGUCGAGUCAGUCAGUCGGUCGGUUGGCUGUCGAACAUUUCUUGUGCAUUUGUAACUUAUCUAGACUUUAGUAGACCGCAGCACCUGGCACUUGGAGAGCAUAUAGCCUGUACUUAAAUCUUAACACCUUGGCACUCAACACCUCAACACACCCACACACGCAGAGUCUAUUUUACAAAGAAUGUUAUUGAAAACGAGAACAAGUUUGAACGAGAAAACGUUUGUGUAAUUGUAAAAAGAAAGUAAAACUCGUAGUUUUUAAAUUCUGAGAUGAACUAACCCUUAAGCUAAAAACGAUUUAAUUUAUGUGCUAUUGUAAAAGAUAUUAUUAGCGCCCUAAGUCAGCACCGAGAGCAAGCCGAAAGCCAUAAUGGGUUUAUUGGAUAAAUCUGCUCAAAAAAAAAUAUAUAUGUGUAUGAUUUUAA